AGUUGAUAUAACUGCUGUACGGAGAUAAGAAUCUCAUUUUUCUGGUGAUUGUGAAACGGAAAGCAGGAAGAUGCUCCCUCGAGCUAUUCUUCUCUACCUACUGCUCACAGCAGUGCAAGCUGGACUACACUAUGUCGUUCUGAUCCCUGCGGAGAUUCGUACAAAUACUCUUGAGAGGGUUUGUGUCCUGCUGUCACCUGGAAAUGAGACCUACCCCCAGAAACUGACAAUUAAGAAUGAGCAGACACAAAACAUACUCCUGGAGGAGGAGCUGCUGGGAAGUGCAGGACACAAUUGCUUCCAGUUUACUGUUGCAGACACAGAAUUUGCCUUCAACUCUCCUCCACUGAUCAAGGUCACAGUCCAUAGAUCAGGGCCAAACAUCACCACGGAAGAUAGCAAGAAUGUUAUUUUGGAAAGCUAUGAGCCUCAGACAUUUGUACAGACAGACAAGCCUGUUUACAAAGCUGGGCAAACAGUGAAGUUCAGGAUUGUGACAUUAAUUGAGAAUUUCACGGCUGUUCAGGAAAAGUAUUCUCUGAUAACCGUGUGGGACCCAAAGAGAAACCGAAUUGGACAGUGGAGAGAUGUAGAGCCCAGGCAGGGGAUUGUGGAUCUGGCCUUUGACCUGAUGAGUGAACCGCUCCUGGGGACAUACGAGAUCGAAGGAAUGCAGAGCCAGGGGAGGAAAUUCCUCCAUCAUUUCAGUGUGGAAGAGUACGUUUUACCCAAGGCUGAGUUGAAGGUGAAAAUGCCAGAAAAAAUCACAGCUAUUGACCCAACGAUCCACAUUGAAGUGUGCGGAAGGUACACAUAUGGGAAGCCUGUGAAGGGACAGGUGAAUGGCACCGUUUGUUUGGAUCGUAUGGAUGAUGCCUCUGACCCUAUUCAUUGCCAGCACAUUUUUGGUGAGAUGGAUUUGAAUGGUUGCCUGUCUACAGAUCUCUCCACUGAUGUGUUCCACUUCAGAGAAAGUCCAAACCACAGACGCAUUGAUGCACAGUUUGUCCUGACAGAAGAGGGGACAGGUAUUCCAAUACAGUCAAGUGCAACAUGUCAAGUUGAAAGUGAAAUUAUGAAGAUCACAUUUGAGGAUGUGGAAGAUUAUUACAAACCUGGAAUUCCAUACACUGCACAAAUAAAAAUCCAGUAUACUACAGGACAACCUGUCACCAAUGUGACAAUCAAAGUGUUAAAUUCCUGGAAGCCUGGUGCAAUAUUGGCGGUCACAGAUGAGAAGGGGAUGAGCUCAGUGGUUCUGGAAACCCCCUUACAAUCCAAUGAGUUGCUUUCCAUAACGGCUAUUUAUCAGGACAAACAUCAUCAGGAUGCCCAUCACUACAAUGUCUCAGCUCAUCAUGUUGUCAAGCCUUUCUACUCCAGGUCUAAGAGUUACUUCACCAUUCAGAAACAUCAGCAGUUACUGGCCUGUGAUUCUGAGUUGCAUGUGAAAGUCCACUACAUUAUCAGGGGUAUUGCUGCUGAGGCUGACAGCAACCUGGCUGUGUUCUACCUGGUCAUGUCGAGGGGAGUGAUUGUGAACAUGAACUCGAAAACCAUCUCUAUCAAAGGAUCUGAAGAUUCAGAAGGAUAUUUCCAGCUCUCCCUCCCCAUCAGUGCUGAUCUGUCCCCAAUUGCUCGCCUCUUGAUUUUUGCUGUUCUUCCUGAUGGAGAAACAAUUGGGGACAGUGCAAAAUUCCAGAUCUCCCAAUGUUUCCGGAACAAGGUGACUCUUCACUUCUCUGUGGCUGAAGACUUGCCCAAAAGCCACAUCAGCCUCGAUCUUCGUGCUGAGCCAGACUCUCUCUGUGGGCUGCGAGUGGUCGAUCGCAGUGUGCUACUGCUGAAACCUGAGACAGAGCUUUCCCAAGGCAGUAUCUACUCCUUGCUGCCAGUACAGGAUCUGCAGAAUUACUCAAAUGAGCUCAAGAACCAUGAACAACAUUACUGCAAGCUCCAAAAUCCCCUGGCAGAGCCCGAACCCAGUGAGCAAGCAAUGGGAGACCUCGGACAACUUCUUCAGAAUAUGGGACUGCAAAUUCUGACAGACACUGAAUUUCACAAACCCAUCAAGUGUUUGUUCGAUGACUCUUAUGGUUUUAUCGUGAAUGGUAUACCGUUUUUCAGUAAAGCGUAUGAAAUGAAUUUCGAAAUGGACAGCCUGGAAGUGGGACAAAUACCAACGUUUUCAAUAGCAAUGGAAGAAGAGCCUAUUCAACUCAUAAACAAAGCUGGAACAGACAGCAUUCAACCCCACAUCAGUCCCAGACGCAUCGUCAAAAUCCGAAAAUACUUUCCAGAGACGUGGAUUUGGGAUCUUGUCCCUGUUGGAUCCUCUGGGAGUGCCUCUUUCCCCGUCACAGUUCCAGACUCUAUCACUGAAUGGAAGGGCAGCAUGUUCUGUACUAGCCACGUGGGAAUUGGAAUCUCUGAUACCGUCACCUUUAAUGCAUUUAAACCAUUCUUUGUCGAACUGGCUCUCCCCUUUUCUGUUGUCAGAACUGAGGGUUUUGUCCUCAAGGCCAAAGUCUUCAACUACCUGACGCAAUGUAUCAUGGUGAAGGUGACCCUUCUGAAUGCCCAGGGAUUUAGUGUAACAGCAGAAAGUGAUGCCGAACAUACGACUUGCAUCUGCUCCCAAGACAGCCAAACAUUCAGCUGGCAUCUACUUGCCACUGGACUGGGCCAACAGAAUUUGACGGUGCAAGCUGAAUCGAUUGCCUCCGAGACUCUGUGUGGGAAUGAGUUUGUGAUUGUCCCAGCUAAAGGAGCCUUGGAUGUCAUUCGGAAAUCCCUUCUGAUCAAGCCCGAGGGCAUUGAGAUUGAACUGACCCACAGCUCUUUGAUGUGUCCAGCAGGCAAGACCAUCACUGAGGAGAUCCAGCUUGAGCUUCCCCACGAUGUCAUCAAAGGAUCAAGCAGGGCCUAUGUCACUGUGCUGGGGGACAUACUGAGUUCUGCGAUGCAGAAUCUGGAUGGGUUACUGAGACUGCCCACAGGGUGUGGAGAACAGAACAUGGUGAAAUUUGCCCCAAACAUCUACAUACUGAGAUACCUGAAUAAAACAGAUCAGCUCACUCGGGAAAUUCGGGACAAAGCAAUUAGCUACCUACAGACAGGAUACCAGAACCAGCUGACAUACAAACAUCAUGAUGGAUCCUUCAGUGCAUUUGGAGAUGAAGAUCAUGAGGGAAAUACCUGGUUGACAGCCUUUGUGAUGAAAUCAUUUGCAACUGCUCGUCAGUACAUCUUCAUUGAUAAUGACAUCCUAGAAGACACUGUCAGAUUCUUCCAGAGGCAUCAACUGGAAUCGGGCUGUUUCCAAAACCUUGGAUACUUGUUCAACAAUGCCCUCAAGGGUGGAGUCAAUGAUCACAUUUCUCUGUCAGCUUAUGUGACGUCAGCGUUAUUGGAAUCAACACUUUCAGGUUCUGAGAUGAGCCUGAUUACAAACAGGGCCCUGAGCUGCCUGCGGUCUACAUUAGAGACAGUGAACAGCACUUACACCCUCUCACUUCUCGCCUACACCUUCACGCUGGGCCAGGACCAGUUUGCGAGGACAAGAGUUCUCCAGCGGCUGGAAAAAUUGGCCAUCAAAACAGACAGAUUGACUCAUUGGCAGCAAGAGGAGACCCUGGAGAGAGAGGAAGAACACGGAUACUGGUGGAGAGCACCCUCUGCGGAGGUUGAAAUGACAGCCUAUGUGCUUCUGGCCCUCCUCUCUCAGCCCCAGAUCACACACUCUGAAUUGGACAAUGCCACAUCCAUUGUUCGCUGGCUGGUCAAGCAGAGGAAUCCGUAUGGAGGCUUCGCAUCAACCCAGGACACAGUGGUUGCUCUCCAGGCCCUGGCUCUAUACACUGAGCUGACCCAUGUAGGUGGUCAUCAGAGCUCAGUGAAUGUCACCUCGGAAACAACAUUCCACAGGGAAUUCCGUGUUGAUGAUUCCAACCAGCUCCUGCUCCAGAGAGAAGCCUUGACAGAGAUUCCCGGAAAAUACAAUGUGUUGAUCACAGGGAGCAGAUGUGUCCUCCUCGAGACUAUUCUCCGUUAUAACGAACCUGUCAAACCCAAAGAUUCUGUCUUCAAACUUUCGGUGGCAAUGUUGGAACAAAAUUCAUUGGACCCUCUGCUUCAGGGGGAGCAAACUUAUAGGAUUUUUCUCAAUGUCACCUACACUGGUGAUCGUCCUUCUUCGAACAUGGUGAUUGUUGAAGUGGAGCUCCUGUCUGGAUUUUCUGCUGAUAAAGAAUCUUAUAAAAAUGAUGAGGGCAUCGCUGGCUAGGCUGGCAUUUAUUGCCCAGAGACCAGUUGUGAGUCAGCUACAUUACUGUGGAUCUGGAGUUACAUGUAGGCCAGACCAAGUAAAGAUGGCAGUUUCCUUCCCAAAAGGACAUCGUGAACCAGAUGGGUUUUGCCUGACAAUCAGCAACGGAUUCACGAUCAUCAUUAGACUCUCAAUUCCAGAUAUUUAUUGAAUUCAAAUUUCACCAUCUGCUGUGCCAGAAUUCAAACUCAAGUCCCUAGACCAUUACCUGGACUCUGGAUUAACAAUCAGUGAUAAUGCCACUGGACCACUGUCUCCCCUGAGUGAGAGCAUGAAAAGGACAGGGGGUAGGAGGGCAGGAGUGGAAGAGGUGAGAGGCACAGCUAGAGGAAAGGGGGACUGAGUAGGAGGGAUGGACAGGGCAAAUCAGUGACAGAGAGAAGCAGAGAGACAAGUUGCAGAAACAAAUAAAUUAACCAAGUGCUGGUUUAGGGAGAAAG